GUGAAGGCAUGAAGACAUUAUCAGUGAUGGAAGGAGAUUCUGUCACUUUACAAACUAAUGUUACUAAAAUACAGAAAGAGGAUCUUCUAGAGUGGAAGUUUGGAGCUGAAAAGACUUCGAUAGCUAAAAUCAAUGUAGAGGGUGGAAGCUUCAACACAUAUAAUGGUCCUGAUGGGAGAUUUAGAGACAGACUACAGCUGGAUCAUCAGACAGGAUCUCUGACCAUCACAAACAUCAGAACUGAACAUGCUGGACUCUAUCUGAUAACCAUCAGCGGCAAAACAGUGACUGAAUACAGAUUCAGUGUCACAGUCUAUCGUUCUGCACACAUAAAUCCAGUGUUGAUCUCUACUGUUUCUACUGGAUCUCUGUUGACUAUAGCUGUGGUCUGGAUCUUCUGCAUCUGCAAGAGAGCAAGAAAAAGAGCAGAAGAGGAAGUGUACAGGAACCUGAAGUGUCAAAAUGUUCCAACCAUUUAUUUGGAGUACGACACAGGCCAAUCUAGAAGGGUUAAGGAGGAGGGUGAGGUGGUGUAUGCAGGUGUCACUAUCAGCUCUUCUCUUAAUGAUCUUCCGAUGUUAUAUUCUGCUGAUCGGUGCUCUGUAGCACCAGUCACAGGGCAACGAAUCAAAGAGGAAGUGACCAGGAUGUUGGUCGUGGGCCCUGUUUCUCACCUGGUUGCCCGUUGA